AUGGGCCCCCCAGGCAGGUGCCGGGCAGUGGCGUGGGCCCUGCUGGCCCUGCUCCUGGUGCAGAAGGCAGAGACGCAGGACAUCGGGGAGCGGAGCUGGGCGAGCGCAGAGGCUGCCAAGAACGGUCAGAGGGUGGACACUGCCCAGCCCCUGAUCUUCCUCCCGCCUGACAACAUCGCCGGCUUCCCCCGCAUAAGCUCCCUGAACCCGGCCCACAACGGGCGGGUCUGCAGCACCUGGGGCGACUUCCACUUCAAGACCUUCGACGGCGACGUCUUCCGCUUCCCCGGCCGCUGCAACUACGUCUUCUCCGCGCACUGCGGGGCCGCCUACGAGGACUUCAACGUGCAGCUCCGCCGCCACGGCCGGGCCGGCUCCAGGCCCGCCAUCACCCACGUGGUCCUCAAGGCCCAGGGGCUGGUGCUGGAGGUGUCCAACGGCUCCAUCCUCAUCGACGGGCAGCGGGAGGAGCUGCCCUACAGCCGGGCCGGCCUCCUGGUGGAGCAGAGCAGCAGCUACGUCAAGGUCACCGUCAGGCUGGUGCUGACCUUCACGUGGAACGGAGAGGACAGCGCCCUGCUGGAGCUGGACGCCAAGUACGCCAACCAGACCUGUGGCCUCUGCGGCGACUUCAACGGGCUCCGCGCCGUCAAAGAGCUCUACAGCCACAACACCAGGCUCACCCCGCUUCAGUUCGGGAACCUGCAGAAGCUGGACGGGCCCACGGAGCAGUGUGAGGACCCCCAGCCGUCCCCCGCCGACAACUGCACCAUGAAGGACGACGUCUGCCGCCUCGCCCUGCGGGGCCCCGGCUUCGCCGCCUGCAACCGGCUGGUGGACCCCGAGCCCUACGUGGCGGUCUGCGCCCGGGACCUCUGCAGCUGCCCCGGCUGCCUGUGCGCCACCCUCACCGAGUACUCCCGCCAGUGCGCCCACGCUGGGGGCCGGCCGCAGAGCUGGAGGGGCCCCGACCUCUGCCCCCGGACGUGCCCCCUCAACAUGCAGCACCAGGAGUGCGGCUCGCCCUGCGCCGACACCUGCUCCAACCCCCAGCGCUCCCAGCUGUGCGAGGACCACUGCGUGGACGGCUGCUUCUGCCCCCCAGGCACCGUGCUGGACGACGUCACGAACACGGGCUGCCUGCCACUGCACCGCUGCCCCUGCACCCACGGCGGCCGCACCUACGCCCCUGGGGACUCCUUCACCUCCAGCUGCAGCUCCUGCACCUGCUCCGGGGGGCUGUGGCAGUGCCAGGACCUGCCGUGCCCGGGCACCUGCUCCGUUACCGGCGGCUCCCACAUCUCCACCUACGACGAGAGGCUCUACGACAUGCACGGGGACUGCGGCUACCUCCUGUCAAAGAAAUGUGCGGACAGCGACUUCGUGGUGCUGGCCGAGCUGCGGAAGUGCGGCCUAACGGACAACGAGAACUGCCUCAAAACCGUGACGCUGAGCUUGAACAGCGGGGACACGACCAUCCGCAUCCAGGCCAGCGGCGGGGUCUUCAUGAACUCCAUCUACACCCAGCUGCCCCUGUCAGCAGGGAACCUCGUCAUCUUCAGGCCCUCGACCUUCUUCAUCCUGGUGCACACGGGCCUGGGGCUGCAGCUGGAGGUGCAGCUGGUGCCCCUCAUGCAGGUCUUCCUCAGGCUGGACCCCGCCUACCGAGGCCAGAUGUGCGGUCUCUGCGGGAACUUCAACCAGAACCAGGCCGACGACUUCCGGACCCUCAGCGGCGUGGUGGAGGGCACGGCCGCCGCCUUCGCCAACACCUGGAAGACGCAGGCCGCCUGCCCCAACGUCCGGAACAGCUUUGAGGACCCCUGCGCCCUCAGCGUGGAGAACGAGAAAUAUGCCCAGCACUGGUGCUCCCUGCUGACCGACCCCGCCGGCCCCUUCUCGCCUUGCCACUCCGUCAUCAGCCCCGCGCCCUUCCACUCACACUGCCUGUUCGACACCUGCAACUGCGAGAGGAGCGAGGACUGCAUGUGCGCCGCCCUGGCCUCCUACGUCCGCGCAUGCGCCGCCCGGGGCCUGCUGCUCAGCGGCUGGAGGGCCGGCGUCUGCACCAAGUACACGAACUCCUGCCCCAAGUCCCAGAGCUACGCCUACGUGGUGAGCGGCUGCCAGCCCACCUGCCGGGCCCUGAGCGAGACUGACGUCACCUGCGGGGUCAGCUUCGUGCCCGUGGAGGGCUGCACCUGCCCCAACGGCACCUUCCUGGACGACAGGGGCAACUGUGUGCCCGCCGAGGCCUGCCCCUGCUACUUCCACGGCUCCGUGGUGGCCCCCCGGGAGGUGGUGCACGACCACGGCGUGGUGUGCUCCUGCAGCAACGGGAAGCUGAGUUGCCUGGGCGCCACGGAGCAGACAAGGACGGGCUGCGUGGCCCCCAUGGUGUACCUGGACUGCAACAACGCCUCAGCCGGCACCCUCGGGUCCGAGUGCCUCCGCAGCUGCCACAUGCUGGACGUGGACUGCUUCAGCGCGCACUGCGUGUCCGGCUGUGUCUGCCCCCCGGGGCUGCUGUCCAACGGCAGUGGGGGCUGCGUGGCCGAGCAGGACUGCCCCUGUCUGCACAACGAGGCCGCCUACCGGCCCGGGGACACCAUCAGGGUGGACUGCAACACCUGCACCUGCCGGAACCGCAGGUGGGACUGCACCCGCAGGCCCUGCCUGGGCACCUGCGUGGCCUAUGGGGACAGCCACUUCAUCACCUUCGACGGCGAGCGGUACAGCUUCCAGGGCAACUGCGAGUACACGCUGGCCCAGGACCACUGCGGCGGCAACGGCAGCACCAACGGCACCUUCCGCAUUGUCACCGAGAACGUCCCCUGUGGGACCUCAGGUGUCACCUGCUCCAAGGCCAUCAAGAUCUUCCUGGAGAACUAUGAGGUCAUGCUCCACGGGGGCACCUACAAGGUGGUGCGGCGGGGGCUGGGCGGAGACCUGCCCUACAGGAUCCGGUACAUGGGCACCCACCUGGCGGUCGAGACCCGCAGCGGCCUGGUCGUGUCCUGGGACCGGAAGACCAGCGUGUUCAUCCGGCUGCGCCAGGAUUACAAGGGGAGGGUCUGCGGGCUGUGCGGGAACUUCGACGACAACGCCCUCAACGACUUCACCACGCGGAGCCAGUCGGUGGCGGGCGACGCCCUGGAGUUCGGCAACAGCUGGAAGUUCUCCCCGUCCUGCCCGGACGCCCCGGCGCCCAGGGACCCCUGCACCGCCAACCCCUACCGCAAGUCCUGGGCGCAGAAGCAGUGCAGCAUCCUCAACGGCGCCGUCUUCCAGGCGUGCCGCUCUCAGGUCGACCCCACCAAGUACUACGAGGCCUGCGUGGGUGACGCGUGCGCCUGCGACGCGGGCGGCGACUGCGAGUGCUUCUGCACGGCCGUGGCCGCCUACGCCCAGGCCUGCCGCGAGGUGGGCGUGUGCGUGUCCUGGCGCACCCCCGACGUCUGCCCCCUGUUCUGCGACUACUACAACCCCCACGGGGAGUGCGAGUGGCACUACCAGCCCUGCGGGGUCCCCUGCCUGCGGACCUGCCGGAACCCCAGUGGACACUGCCUGGUGGACCUGCCCGGCCAGGAAGGCUGCUACCCUAAGUGCCCGCCCAACAAGCCGUUCUUCAGUGAGGACCAGAUGAAGUGUGUGGCCCAGUGCGGCUGCUACGAUGACGACGGGAACUACCACGAAGUCGGCUCCAGCGUCCCCACAGCGGAGAACUGCCAGAGCUGUGACUGCGCCCCAGGCGGCAUCCGGUGCACACACAGCCUCGCGGCCUGUAAGUGCACCUACGAGGGUAAGACGUACAGCUACGGGGACGUCAUCUACAACACGACCGAUGGGCUGGGAGCCUGCUUGACCGCCGUCUGCGGAGAAAACGGCACGAUCGUGCGGAAGACCACGGAAUGCCAGGGAACAGCCUCCACCACACCCUUCAGCUUCACCUCCACCGCGGUUCCGCCCUCCGCCACAGGCCCGGCCCCCACCCUCUCCACCGUGUGCGUGCACCAGGAGUGCCACUGGUCGGCCUGGUACGAUGGCAGCCAUCCAGAGCCCGGCAUGGGCGGCGGGGACUUCGAGACGCUUGCCCACCUGAGGCAGAGGGGUUACCACAUCUGCCCGGGCCCAAGCGGCAUCGAGUGCAGGGCACAGCUGCUCCCCGACACGCCCCUGGAGCAGCUGGGCCAGAAGGUGGAGUGCGACCCCGUGCGGGGGCUCACCUGCCUCAACAGCGAGCAGAGCCCCCCCCUCUGCCACAACUACGAGCUGCGGGUGCUCUGCUGCGAAUACGUGCCCUGCAUCACCCCCUCGGGCCCGGCCCCCAGCCAGAGUCCGACCCCCAGGCCCUCGUCCACCUCCACUGUCCAGACAACAACGGCCUUCACCACGCCCUCCAAGGAGUCCGGCAGCACCGAGGCUCCGAGCACCACCUGCCAGCCCCGGUGUUGGUGGACAACGUGGUUCGAUGAGGACUACCCCCAGCCCGAGGAGGCGGGGGGGGACAUUGAGUCCUUCGACAAGAUCAGGAGCGCGGGCAGCGCGGUGUGCGAGCGGCCAGUGGACAUAGAGUGCCGGGCCGAGGGCUUCCCCGACAGGCGCCCCGAGGAGCUGGGCCAGCGCGUGCACUGCGACCCCAGCUUCGGCCUGGUCUGCCGGAACGCCGAGCAGCUGGGCCUGUUCAAGAUGUGCUACAACUACAGAAUCCGCCUGCUGUGCUGCAGCUGUGAGGAGCCCGGCCCCACCACCACGGCCACGGCCCCCUCGAGGAGCCCCACGGCUCCCACCACCUCCGCAAAGUCCACUGCCCUGCCGGGGACCUCGAUGGGCUCAUCACGGGGACCCACCCAGGAGCCAGAGACAACUCGGACGUCCAGAGCUUGGCCAAGCACGAGGACACCAGUGAGCACUUCUGGCACGGUCUCCACCCGCCCGCCGUCUCCGCCACUCCCUGGGACGAGCGCACCCACAGCAGGGACCCAGGUGCCCACGACCACCACGGAGGCCACCACCGGCCAUGGCAUAACCGCCUGUGAACCCAAGUGUGAGUGGACAGAAUGGUUUGACGUGGACUUCCCCACCUCUGGGGUCGCCGGCGGAGACAUGGAGACCUACGAAAACAUCAGAGCCGCGGGCGGCAAGAUGUGCCCGGAGCCGCAGAAGAUUGAGUGCCGGGCCGAGAACUACCCGGAGGUGAGCCUUGACCAGAUCGGCCAGGUGGUCAGCUGCAGCCUGCAGACCGGGCUGGUGUGCAGGAACGGGGACCAGAAGGGACAGUUCAACAUGUGCUUCAACUACAACAUCCGAGUGCUGUGCUGUGAGCAGCCCCGCCACUGCCCCACCACCCGGACACCCACAACAACGGGUCUGCCGUCCACCCAGACCACACCCACCCCCUCAAGGACACCACUACCUACCACAUCGGCCCACACACGAGGCCCCGACACAGCCCCCGUGCAGAAGGUCACCACGCAGACCACACGCAGGGUCCCAACCAGCAGUCCCACCUUUGGGACCACCCUGAACUUGAGCACCACAACGACCACACCCAUCGUGUCUACUCCGACCUCUAUGACCACAGAGGUCUGCAAGCCUCGCUGCACCUGGACAGACUGGCUGGACCAGAGCUACCCCAUGCCCGGGGCCUCGGGCGGCGACUUUGAGACCUUCGACAACCUGCGGGCGGCCGGCACGCCCCUGUGCGCGAGGCCCGUGGCCCUGGAGUGCCGGGCCGAGUCCCAGCCCGACGUGCCCCUGGCCCGGCUGGGCCAGAAGGUGCUGUGCAGCCUGGAGGAGGGCCUGGUGUGCCACAACCGCGACCAGGCCGGCCAGUUCCAGAUGUGCCUCAACUACCAGAUCCGCGUGCUCUGCUGCGACGACUACAGCCACUGCCCCACGACACCGGCCACCACCACGGCCCCUCCGCCGACCUCUGGGGCCACCAGCACCCCAGGGCCGUCCUCCACCACGGCCACCACCCUAACUGCAACCUCCAGGGCCACCAGCCGGGCCACCACCUACCCUGGGGGCUCCAGCACCACGGCCAGCACAACCCAGGCCACCUCGAGCUCGGGGGCCAGCACCGGGGGAUCCCCGCCGCCCCCCGUUCCUGGGACCACCAGCGCCCUGCCCCGCACCACCCGACGCCCCUCAUCAGUCACCCCUACACCCUCGGUGUCUUCGGUGACCACCCCGACCUCAGCCACCACGCCCUCUGUCACCCCCACCACCGCGUGUCUGCCUCGCUGCACCUGGACAGACUGGCUGGACCAGAGCUACCCCAUGCCCGGGGCCUCGGGCGGCGACUUUGAGACCUUCGACAACCUGCGGGCGGCCGGCACCCCCCUGUGCGCGCGGCCCGUGGCCCUGGAGUGCCGGGCCGAGUCCCAGCCCGACGUGCCCCUGGCCCGGCUGGGCCAGAAGGUGCUGUGCAGCCUGGGGGAGGGCCUGGUGUGCCACAACCGCGACCAGGCCGGCCAGUUCCAGAUGUGCCUCAACUACCAGAUCCGCGUGCUCUGCUGCGACGACUACAGCCACUGCCCCACGACACCGGCCACCACCACGGCCCCUCCGCCGACCUCUGGGGCCACCAGCACCCCAGGGCCGUCCUCCACCACGGCCACCACCCUAACUGCAACCUCCAGGGCCACCAGCCGGGCCACCAGCCAGCCUGGGGCUCCAGCACCACGGCCAGCACAACCCAGGCCACCUCGAGCUCGGGGGCCAGCACCGGGGGAUCCCCGCCGCCCCCCGUUCCUGGGACCACCAGCGCCCUGCCCCGCACCACCCGACGCCCCUCAUCAGUCACCCCUACACCCUCGGUGUCUUCGACUGGCUGGACCAGAGCUACCCCAUGCCCGGGCCUCGGGCGGCGACUUUGAGACCUUCGACAACCUGCGGGCGGCCGGCACCCCCCUGUGCGCGCGGCCCGUGGCCCUGGAGUGCCGGGCCGAGUCCCAGCCCGACGUGCCCCUGGCCCGGCUGGGCCAGAAGGUGCUGUGCAGCCUGGGGGAGGGCCUGGUGUGCCACAACCGCGACCAGGCCGGCCAGUUCCAGAUGUGCCUCAACUACCAGAUCCGCGUGCUCUGCUGCGACGACUACAGCCACUGCCCCACGACACCGGCCACCACCACGGGCCACCAGCCAGCCUGGGGGCUCCAGCACCACGGCCAGCACAACCAGGCCACCUCGAGCUCGGGGGCCAGCACCGGGGGAUCCCCGCCGCCCCCCGUUCCUGGGACCACCAGCGCCCUGCCCCGCACCACCCGACGCCCCUCAUCAGUCACCCCUACACCCUCGGUGUCUUCGGUGACCACCCCGACCUCAGCCACCACGCCCUCUGUCACCCCCACCACCGCGUGUCUGCCUCGCUGCACCUGGACAGACUGGCUGGACCAGAGCUACCCCAUGCCCGGGGCCUCGGGCGGCGACUUUGAGACCUUCGACAACCUGCGGGCGGCCGGCACCCCCCUGUGCGCGCGGCCCGUGGCCCUGGAGUGCCGGGCCGAGUCCCAGCCCGACGUGCCCCUGGCCCGGCUGGGCCAGAAGGUGCUGUGCAGCCUGGGGGAGGGCCUGGUGUGCCACAACCGCGACCAGGCCGGCCAGUUCCAGAUGUGCCUCAACUACCAGAUCCGCGUGCUCUGCUGCGACGACUACAGCCACUGCCCCACGACACCGGCCACCACCACGGCCCCUCCGCCGACCUCUGGGGCCACCAGCACCCCAGGGCCGUCCUCCACCACGGCCACCACCCUAACUGCAACCUCCAGGGCCACCAGCCGGGCCACCAGCCAGCCUGGGGGCUCCAGCACCACGGCCAGCACAACCCAGGCCACCUCGAGCUCGGGGGCCAGCACCGGGGGAUCCCCGCCGCCCCCCGUUCCUGGGACCACCAGCGCCCUGCCCCGCACCACCCGACGCCCCUCAUCAGUCACCCCUACACCCUCGGUGUCUUCGGUGACCACCCCGACCUCAGCCACCACGCCCUCUGUCACCCCCACCACCGCGUGUCUGCCUCGCUGCACCUGGACAGACUGGCUGGACCAGAGCUACCCCAUGCCCGGGGCCUCGGGCGGCGACUUUGAGACCUUCGACAACCUGCGGGCGGCCGGCACCCCCCUGUGCGCGCGGCCCGUGGCCCUGGAGUGCCGGGCCGAGUCCCAGCCCGACGUGCCCCUGGCCCGGCUGGGCCAGAAGGUGCUGUGCAGCCUGGGGGAGGGCCUGGUGUGCCACAACCGCGACCAGGCCGGCCAGUUCCAGAUGUGCCUCAACUACCAGAUCCGCGUGCUCUGCUGCGACGACUACAGCCACUGCCCCACGACACCGGCCACCACCACGGCCCCUCCGCCGACCUCUGGGGCCACCAGCACCCCAGGGCCGUCCUCCACCACGGCCACCACCCUAACUGCAACCUCCAGGGCCACCAGCCGGGCCACCAGCCAGCCUGGGGGCUCCAGCACCACGGCCAGCACAACCCAGGCCACCUCGAGCUCGGGGGCCAGCACCGGGGGAUCCCCGCCACCCCCCGUUCCUGGGACCACCAGCGCCCUGCCCCGCACCACCCGACGCCCCUCAUCAGUCACCCCUACACCCUCGGUGUCUUCGGUGACCACCCCGACCUCAGCCACCACGCCCUCUGUCACCCCCACCACCGCGUGUCUGCCUCGCUGCACCUGGACAGACUGGCUGGACCAGAGCUACCCCAUGCCCGGGGCCUCGGGCGGCGACUUUGAGACCUUCGACAACCUGCGGGCGGCCGGCACCCCCUGUGCGCGCGGCCCGUGGCCCUGGAGUGCCGGGCCGAGUCCCAGCCCGACGUGCCCCUGGCCCGGCUGGGCCAGAAGGUGCUGUGCAGCCUGGGGGAGGGCCUGGUGUGCCACAACCGUGACCAGGCCGGCCAGUUCCAGAUGUGCCUCAACUACCAGAUCCGCGUGCUCUGCUGCGACGACUACAGCCACUGCCCCACGACACCGGCCACCACCACGGCCCUCCGCCGACCUCUGGGGCCACCAGCACCCCAGGGCCGUCCUCCACCACGGCCACCACCCUAACUGCAACCUCCAGGGCCACCAGCCAGCCUGGGGGCUCCAGCACCACGGCCAGCACAACCCAGGCCACCUCGAGCUCGGGGGCCAGCACCGGGGGAUCCCCGCCGCCCCCCGUUCCUGGGACCACCAGCGCCCUGCCCCGCACCACCCGACGCCCCUCAUCAGUCACCCCUACACCCUCGGUGUCUUCGGUGACCACCCCGACCUCAGCCACCACGCCCUCUGUCACCCCCACCACCGCGUGUCUGCCUCGCUGCACCUGGACAGACUGGCUGGACCAGAGCUACCCCAUGCCCGGGGCCUCGGGCGGCGACUUUGAGACCUUCGACAACCUGCGGG